AUGAUGAGGUGGUUCCUUUGGAGAUGGCGGAGGUGGCGGCAUUCGUACAAGAAAGUCGACCCCGAAGCGGACGACACUGAGGAGCUCUCGUCUGUGGUCAUCUCCAUCCUGCCUGAGGAUGACGCUCAGAGGGGCGGAGAUCUCACGAGACCUGUUGUUGCUGUUCCGCUCCCUGCCGACGUCUACUCUGCGGCCAUUCUACCCUUCUUACCUCUGGAUGAUGCUGUGAAGGUUCGCCCGACCAGCAGGACGCUCAGCAAAGCCGUCGAUGAGGCCUUCCUGAUGUGCCACAUCGACAGAUGCCUCGCCCAGCAGCGGCUGAGCGGCCUCGUUGAUGUGGAGAGGGAUCCCGGUGACACACAGCCAGCCGCCCCGUCUCUCUCCCGAUUUGGCUAUCUCUGUCGGUGCGCUCACAUAAUCGACAGGGCGGCUGGGUGGCGCCAGAUGGCCACUGUGGUGCGGCUGGCGACCGCCUGCGGGGCGGUGAGGACUGGCCGGCUGCCUUUGGUGAUAUCCGCUGAGUGGCUCGUGGCGCGUUAUCUGCUCGACACAGCGACAUCCGACGGGCGGCCGAGGGGGGCGACCACAGGCUCACUCAGAUACGUCCGGGCACUGUGGAACAUGCUGACAGGCGGCAGCGACACGUCAUCCGAGAGUGUGGGCAUCGAGCAGACGGAGAGUGAGGAGGAGGUGAAGCUCAUGACCUACUGGCGUGAGCGGCUGCAGGAGCGCUGGGUCGAGCUGUUCUGUUGGCUCUUUUGUCUAUCCAUCUUGGCGGUGCUUAUCUGCUUCGUCUGGAUGGUCAUCGAACACGGCUUCCCCAGGAUCAGCAUAGUUCCUCUGCUGCUGCUCCUAUUCCUCGGCAUAGUGGUCGACGCCGUUGCGUUGUCGCUUUGCCUCACUAUGAUGGUCUAUGAACACGUGGAGCUCGAGGACCCGCAGUGCACCAUGCCUUGGCUGACCAUUGGCGGGAAGCGAUUCCGCGUCGUUCCACGGGAAGAGAUGUGCAGGUGGCACCCUUUCUGGCGAGACUACGACGAGCUCAACCCGCCCAUCCGCUGCGGCCAAGGGGUGUAUCCCUCCUGGACGUCAUUCAUCGCCUACACGUUGCUGGACAGCCCGGAAGUUAAGCAGCGGAUGACGCAGCUAUACCCGAUAAGCGCUGAUCAUUGGAAGCCGCUGUACCUUGGUGACAUCACUGGGGUCGCUGAAGCCUCAUCGGCGUGUUCAUUUCUGCAGGGACUUCGAGAAGAAGUUCCUGCUCUUGGAGAACUUCUACCCCGCCCGUGUCUACUUGGCGAAGGUGGGGGGCUCGGAGGAGGUCAAGCAGCAAAUGUUCUCAAGGUUCUUCAACAACGUACGUCAACUCCGGCAGACAAGAUAGACAGCACAAUGGGGCUCUGCAUUGUGUGUGUGUGUGUGUCUGUGUGUCACCACAGAGCCAUAGCCAGACGACCUCUGGGUGUGUCUUUUUGUCUCGCAUCCGUCCUUUCCGCUGUGCGGGUGUGUCUGGCGGCCUCUCGUGCUCUACGAAGGAUGACGUGCGUCGCAUUUGACUUGCAAGACCUCAUCUCGGGCGGCAGCGAUUACAUUCCGUUCGAAGUUUCGUCGGCGGUUCUUCUACCAGCCUGACGAGACCAAGAGAAUACCCAUGGGCCUCCAGCGCAGCAUCCCAUCGUACGACUACCUCUCGGUGCCGCAGUUGGACCUGCACAAGGUGCCCGACGGCCCAAUUCUGUAGACGCACUUCAAC